CAAGUGACUCUGAAUAAUAAUAAUAAGGCUGCCGUGUUUAUCCAACGAAGGGGGGCUGGACUUCUGCUGAAUUCUGCAAAUAACUUUUUUUUAAAUUUCCCUUUUCCUCCCCCCUCACAAAACUUCACCGCUUUGCAUUCAGUCUGCUGCCUGAACCGCACCGCCGACCAAGGUCAGCGUCAGUGACCGCCAACGGGAGCUGGUAGCGCGGCAUCGAACCUCCGCGCACCCGGCAGCUUUUUUUACGGAACAUGGGGGUUUGACUCACAGCCUGAGUAAACUACGGACUAACCGGCCGCGGAUGGAGGAAGCGUCGGUAACGAAGGAGUGAAUUAGCUUAUCAAACGUUUGUGAACAUGUUUGAGAGCGUUAAACGAAGUGACACCAUGUUGGGAAACCCAGGGUCUUACGCUAACAAGAAGAGGAAGAAGCCUGUUCUCAAACAGAAGAAGCCCGCUGAUGGCAAUGAAGUUGUCAAAUCAAACCCUUCAAAGCGCCACCGGGAUCGGCUGAAUGGGGAGCUGGACCGGCUGACCGACCUCCUGCCCUUUCCCGCGGAGGUCCGCUCACGUCUGGACAAACUGUCGGUCCUUCGCCUCAGCGUGGGUUACCUGAGGGUCAAAAGCUACUUCAAAGGGGCCAUGAAGAACACUAACAACAGUCUGAUGUUUCCUGGAGUGAACGGGCAGAACGGGAACAACAACGUGGACACCGCAGACUUCUCUGAGGGGGACCUGCUGCUUCAGGCGCUGAACGGGUUUGUGAUCGUGGUCACGGCGGAGGGGUUGGUGUUUUAUGUCUCGCCCACAAUCAAGGACUACCUGGGCUUUCAUCAGUCGGACGUGGUUCAUCAGAGUGUGCUUGAGCUCAUCCACACUGAUGACCGGGCCUUGUUCAGACAGCAGCUUCAUUUCGCUCUAAACUCCCCAUCUGCCGGCGCCAGUGGAGACGGCCUGCCGAGUUGUGGCAGUACAGUGAUGUACAGUCCUGAGCAGCUUCCCCCGGAGAACUCCUCCUUCCUGGAGAGGAGCUUCGUGUGUCGCUUCCGCUGCCUGCUGGAUAAUUCCUCUGGCUUCCUGGCUCUAAAGUUCCAGGGACGACUGAAGUACCUCCAUGGUCAGAGGGUGUCAAGGGACAACGGGAACUCUAGCAAACCUCAGCUGGCUCUCUUCUCCAUCGCCAUGCCCGUCCAGCCUCCAACCAUUGUGGAGAUCAGAGCCAAAAUGCUCCUCUUUCAAACCAAGCACAAGCUGGACUUCACUCCUACAGGCGUAGAUAGCAGGGGGAAGAUUGUUCUGGGUUAUUCAGAGACUGAACUGUGUAUGAAAGGCUCCGGCUACCAAUUCAUCCACGCAGCUGACAUGAUGUACUGCGCCGACAACCACAUCCGCAUGAUUAAAACAGGAGAAAGCGGUCUGACUGUUUUCAGGCUCCUGAGUAAGUCGAGCGGCUGGGUGUGGGUGAAAGCCAACGCCAAGCUCAUCUACAAAGGAGGAAGACCUGAGUUCAUCAUCGCAUAUCAGAGAGCGUUGGUCAAUGCUGAGGGGGAGGAAUAUCUGCGUCAGAGGAGGAUCGAGCUCCCCUUCAGCCUCACCACGGGAGAGGGCUUCCUCUACAACACCAGCCCCACAGUGGACAUAAACCAAUUUCAGUUCAAUAAAAUGUUUGGUAACGCAGACGACUUGAAAAAGGAUGUGACCCCUGGCUCUCUGCUGGACUCUUUCCUGAACCAGGAUGAAACAGCCUACAUACAGCCGGUGGAGCUGCCUCUACCUGUGGAUCAGGUGUUCAUGGACAGCGAGGCCCUGAUUAGCGUUGGCAGUGACGCAUGGCACGAAAAUGGAGCUAACGAUACAGCAGGUGACGCUGUUGUGAAAGAGGAAGCCAAGCAGUCAGUGAUGGCUGUGAUCGACAACCUGGAAAAAAUGGCUCAAGACGGUGACUUCUGUGCAGCGCUGCAGAAUCUGGAGGUGGGAGACACAGAGCUGAUGGAGUGGGAAAACACCCUCAAGUCAUUAAGUCAGGGUGAGGAUCAGCAGAACAGCGUCAGGUCUGAGCUGGACAACAUCCUCACCAAUGACAUAUUUGACUACAUAGAUAGCGUUUUGUUUAAGGAGAAGGGAGAGCAUUGUCUGAAUGCCAGCACUCCCAGCUGCCUCACAGCAGUCAACAACAAUCAGCAGGACCCCUUCACUCCGGCUGCUCGGCUCUCUGCAGCUGGACUCCCUGAGCCUCAGUUGUUUCAGACGGAUAACGCUGCCUGUACGUACUCUUCAGUGAAUGGUCUCUAUGCUCACCAGCAAGAUGCAAUGAACGGUUCAGUUAUUCCAGAGCAAAACUUAGCAGAGUCUGCUCAGAUAUUCAGCAGCACCCAGAAGCUCUCUCACCACGGCCCCCUGAUGACUCAGGCUGACACCAGCCUGCCUUCUCUUCAACAGCUGCAGCUCCAGGACAUCUACAGCCCCUCUAUAGAGCUCCCAGAGCUCACUGUGCCGGGUGCCUCUGCUGGUGCUGCUUCAGCCCCGUUUCAAUCCUGUGGGCAGACAUCUACCAGCCACAUGGGCUACCCGACUGCACAGACGCAAGCCGGUCAACUUCUACGGGGUCCUCAAAACAAUCUGCAAGCUCCUGCAAUGUCAGUAAACGGACAGAUGUUGCAGAGCUCUGUCCAACAACCAAACAAUGUAGCACCUGGCGUAAUGGACAUUUUGCCGCCCCUGAUUCCCUGCAAUGACUUUACUUCCUCAAACACAACUGAUAUUUCCAUUUCCUUUCCCACAAAUUGUCUGCAAGGAAGCCCCGCUUUUGAAACGCAGAACCACCAAGUUCAGCAGUGGCCGCAGAGCCAGCAGCAGAAGCUGCCUCAUGCUGGCAUCAUGCAGAAUGGACACGGGCUGAUAUCGGCAUGCCACAGCCAAACUCCACAAAGCCAAACAUUCCCACAUGCUGGCCUUUGGCCAAGAAAUGUCACCAGACUGAGCCACACUCAGCAGGGAGGGCUGAUGUGUGGCCAGGCAGCUACUCAAAGCAGCUGCAUGUUUGAUCAGCACUUUUCUUCCAGUCCAGCAGGAGGCGACGUCCUGGCUCUGUCUGGGUCGUCAGGCCUGAGGGGGGCCGACAUGUCUCUGGAUCAGAGUCCCCCUCAAGGUUCCUGCUACUUCCAGUGGAGCCGCAGUGAGCCUGUGGUGGGCACAUCGGCCAUUAACCAGGAGAACGUCAACAUCAGUCCUCUGACUGCUCCGCCCAGCAUGUCCUUGACAGAGCACACACUCGACAUUCUGAACGACCUGGAACACCACAGACAGACACAGCAGGACGACAGAGUCUCAGCUGAGCACGGUGGGAUUUUUGCCGCACCUGCGUGUCAUGUAGCCAUGUACCUGGCAGAGUAAAGCCGCGCGCCAUAUUGUCAUUUCCGACAAAAUCCAGGACAAGGACAAAACUCAGUACAGUUUGCCUGUAUCAGUGCUUAUCCACGGACUCUUGAGCUUAAUUGUCAUAUGUUUUAUAUCACUCUGUAUCAUUUAUACUUUGUCCCGUCUGCAAUGUUUAAACGUCUGUUGCUUGUCAGCUUUUAGUGAAGAUACACUAUAGUAGUGAUGAAGUAUAAAGCCACAAGUGCGCUUAACCAGGAUGGAGCUUGAGCCAGCUAGGAGGAUUGGUCAAGUAAAUCCAAAUAGCCAAAGAAAUAGGCUUUUAUAAGGGAAACCAGGUGUCGUCACUUCCUUGUUUUCAGCCAGGGACAUUAAAAAUCUCUCAGUGAAUCGAAUACCUGAAAAUAGUUUAAAAAAAAAAAAAUAACCCAAGCAUGCUGUUGUUUAAAAAAAAAAAGUAAUCAUUUGAUGCUAAACAGAGUUGACACUUUAUAUAAAAAACUUUGUCUUUGUAAAAAUUUGUGUAAAGAAUCACUUAAAAUGAUAACUACCUGAGCGCACAGCUGUACUUUCAAAUUAAUAAUAAUUACAGAUAAAACAAUCUGUAUAUUUCAAAUGAAAACCUUAAACAGGGUUAAUUUAAUUGUAUAAAUACAAUUUGUAAUUGUUUGUAGCAACAAAAGUUCUGCUUUGGCUCACAAAAAUGACACCUCAGCAUGUGAUGUGUUUUUUCUUGUGCGGGAUGCAGAGAAAUAUCAAAUCCCAAAUUUUUAAGUCUAACCAUCAAUAGAAACAAGCAGAGAAAUCAGGAAAACUUUGCAUCUGAGGGUCAUAUUUACUCUGUACUGACUAUUUUCAAAACUGAGAGAAACAUGGCUGCAUUUGAGUGUCAACAUGCAUCUUAAAAUGCAGUCUUUAAAGGAUGCAGUCCUUAAAUUUGGACGUAGCAGAUGAAUAAAAACAGCCUCCAGACCUAAAAUCAGCAGAGUCCUUCAUCCAAAUAGACUUCUUUUAUCCAUUCUCCCGUAUCAUGUGAUCCUACAUACCCUAAAAUAUAUAUUGCCUCAACCCAAACAUUAAAUUCUAUUUUAGCAUACAGCAUGACCAUAUAUGUUAAUCAGGUGCCUUAAUGCCAAAUCAGCAGCUUGAACGUAUCCUCAUAUAGACUGUUAAAAACUUGACAACAUAAACGCUCUUUAAAUGGGUCCCUUUGUGUUUUCUUCAUGUGAAUGACAUCAGUUGACAGGAAGCGACCCAAGCUGUUGCCUUGUAAUGCAAUUCAAGGGAAACGGUCUAUAAAUAUAUCUGUGCCUUCUCAUAUAAACAUCUUCAGUAGUUUUUGUUUUUCUAAAGUAAUCCUUCAGAGCUGCACUAAUUCAGGAGAAGCCCUGUCUAUACGAGAUGCAGUAAUCUUACUGUUAAUUAAAGGUUUUAUCCGAAAGUGUAUUUCAAGGCUCUGAAAGUCCAUUUUCCAUUUAACAAACGUCCAUAACAAAUGGAAACAAGGGAAAAUACUUAACUUGACCUAUCUCUGUAGAGAUGGUAUGAUUUCUUUCACUGAUGUAGUAUCAAGAUCGUGGAGAUUUAAACCAGUCUAACAAUGCAUUCAGAUCAUAUUUACUUUGCUUUGUUUCCUGUUUGUGCUCUUUCAUUUUGGCUCCUUUUUUAAAAAAUCUGCUUUUCAACAAAUCUUCAUAAUAUUCACACUACCAAAAAAAAAAAAAAAAAAGAAAAAAAAAAAAAACAGCAUUAAUGGUUUGGAUUAACCUGAGCGAAAACAUCAUUAACAUGGCAGCUUUACCGUAUUCCUGCUGCACUGUGGGAAAUCACUCAGUAUUUUAUCUUUCCUUAUGAAUCUAUCAUGUAUGUUUUUGGAUAUACCUUUCCGUACAAUGCUCAUUAAUGGAAAAACAUUACCACCUUAAGUGAAAUCUUAAAAAAAAAAAAAAAAAGUCACACCAGACUGUGGAGGCUCUAAGGACAGCCUAUAAAUCGCCUUUGAUAUCAAACUUUAAUACAGACAUGCCAUAAAUAUUGCCACUAUUAAAAAAUGAAUAAAAAUGGAGCCAAAUGUUUUAUUCACAGCAAUGUUGAUGUUUUUAUCCUAACAUGUGCCUUGCCAUAUUUCUGUUAUUUGUUAAAAAAAAAUAAUAAAAAUGGAAAAAUUCAUCACAUAUUACGUUUCAUGUAAUCCACUUAUAUUUAGCCAAGUAGUUAUAGUAUCUAUAUCAUAAUAUAUGUUAAAUAAAUAACCAGCCUUUGUCUACUGUUAAUUCUUUUUCAUAAAUACACGUGUGCAAUGA